AUGGCGCAGCGGCCGGCAGUCGGUCCCCCCCCGGGCCCGAUGGGCCCGGCGUGGCUGUGCUAUGCGCUGCUGCUGACGGUGCUGGCCCUUGUGGCGCCGUCCCACGGGCAGGACAUGUUCCUGCAUUUGGCCAGCUACCCCUUCACACGGACGACCUACUUCAUGGGGCUGCCCACGUUGGGGAGCAGCGCCACGGUGUCUUCGCACUGGAGCUCGGCCACCACCCUCUGGCACUACGAGCAGAUGGCGCCGAUGCGGCAUUCCGGCGAGUACCGCUGGGGGCCGCUCUUUUCGGACACCCGCCAGGCUUCCACCUCGUCGCGGUCCAACCCGGCCGGCGUGCAGCACCUCAUCCUGCUGGCCCGGCCGAAUGCCCCGACGCCGCUGGUGUUGGAGCAUACCCCCACGCAGGUGGGGCUCUUCACCGCGGCAAAUGUGUUCCCCCUGCCGGGAUCGGCGGUGAGGCUGCUGGCGGCCAGUGCCACGGGCCCGCUGGAGGCGCUGCUGCUUUGGGCGGAUGACAGCCCGGGUCAAGAAGGCACCAUCAUCCUGGGCAUGGUCACUUCGACCGGGCUGCAAAUCAUGCAGCAUGGGGUGGACCCGGUGGUCGGGCUGGCCACGGCGGCCGCGGGCCCGGGGCGGGCCUUCUUCCUGGCGACCGCCAGCGAGGGCCUUGUCCGGCUGGCGGUGGCCGGCGAUGGGGGGGUCUCCUCCCGCCGGCAGCCUCUCGAUGGGGAGCCGGUGCAUGUGGCCAGCACGCGGAUCCUCUCCUCGGCCAGCGGCUGCCCGGAUGGCUCGGACGUGGCGGUGCUGCUGGCGACCGGCCAUGUGGCGGUGUUUGCCUGCUUCGAGGGGACCCCGGCCGAGCAGCUGGUCCCGGUGACGGUGUCCCUGCCGGCCGCGGUGCCCAUGGACGGGGCCUACCUCUUGGCGUCGGCCGCCUUCGCGAUGGACGACGCGCCGGGGCCCUUCUAUGUGGUGUCCCCGCGGGCGGGCGAUCCGCGCGACCGCCUGUGGCAGGUCCAUCCCCUGGGCAUGGGGCUGGGCUUGCGUCGGGUGGUCCUCCCGUCGGAGGUGGCCCUCUCGCGUGAUGUACUGCGCCUGGCGCGGCUGGCGGUCACCGUGACCGGGGCCCACCGGUGGACCCUUGUGGCCGGGGUGAAGGUGCUCUUCGAUUCGGAGGCCUUCCUGUGUGACAGUGACCGGACGCUGGUGUGUGACAGCGCGACGGUGUCCUCCGGCCUGGCGCGUGGGUGGGGCUGUGCUCCGGGGUACACCGACUCGCCGUACAUUUCGGCCAACCACAUGUGUGCCGGCUGUGCGGAUGGCUGGUACCUCGACCGGCCGGCGGAUGAGGCCCCCUUCUCGAAGGACACCCACGUGUGUCGGCCCUGCUCGCAGACCAACUGCCGAACAUGCACCCCGGACACAUGCCUCGUGUGCGAGCAUGGCUUCCUGCCGGAGCCCACCGGCCCCGGGGGCAGCACGGUCUGCCGGGGCGCCUGCUCGGAGGGCUUCCUGCCGGUGGUGGGCGUCUGCCAGGCGGCCGGGGCCGUCCGGCUGGAGGUGGGGCUUUCGGAUUUGGCCAAACUCCCGGCGCCUUGGCUGGAGCCGGGCGACUGGAUCACGGCGGCCGCGCAGUCAUGGCUGUCGGUGGACCCGGGCACCGGGCUGCCGGUGCUGCCGGCCAGCAGCGAUGCCCCGGCCCCGGGGAUGCUCCUCUUCACCCAGCAAAACCGGGCGUACAUCCUGCCGGCCGGGGACAUCGGCCGGGCGCCGGUGGUGCCGGUGGAAGUGCGCCUGCUGGGAGACUGGUCCCUCGAUACGGUGACCACCUUUGCCGAGGCCGGGCCCUUCCUGGUCAAUGGCCGGUGGGAGUAUGCGGUGUUCUUUUGUGGACCGGAGCAAAAAUUUUACCUCACCUGGCUGACAUGCACCGGGUCGGGGGGGCCGUGCGUGGCCGCCGAGCCGGCCAGCCCGGUGGACCUGGCUCUGGGCAUUUGCUAUGGGGUCCUCCGGGAGGACGCCAACCACCUGGUGGCACUGUCCGGCUCGAACUUCUACUACCGCGUGAAUCCGCAAACCCGGCGCCUGCAAGGGACCCACAUCACCGGCCUGGGGAUGGUAAGGAUGCCGGCGGUGUCGGGCCUCGGCAUGCGCGCCGACCCGACCCUCGGGGAUUGGGUCCUGUGGCAGGGGACAUCUUGGCGGCUGAAUCUCAUGCCGGAGCAGCUGCUGAGCCAGGAUACCAACCGCCAGGGUCCGAUGCUGGAGAUGGCGGUGUCGCGCUCGCCGGCCCUGCCCACCCGGCUCUUCCGGCCGAUGACCCUCUACCGGGGGCCUGGGCUGCCCCGGUGGCUGGUGCUGCCGCACACCUUCGGGGCCAACUGGGACAUCCUUUCCCUGCCGGGGGACAUGCUGCCAGCCGGCCGGUCCAUCCAUUUGCCCUUCUCCUGGCAAACCAUCGGGUCCUUCCCGACGUACCAGUACCUGCCGAACGGGGUCCACGCGAAUGUCUACUAUCAGGAGCUUCGGCUGCCGGGCGGGGGGCUGGCUCAUCCGAGUGCGCUGCUGCUGCUGGCGCGCACUUUCAUCGGGGUUGCCCUGUUGCAUUGUCCCCAGCUGGACGCCGGGCAGUGUGCCUUCCUGCCGGGGCACAUCAUGCCCCUGCCGGCCAGCAUGCACCUGGAAGGGAAUGUGCCGCUGUGGCAAUUUGUCGUCCAGGGGGCCCUCGAGCCGGGGCCGGUGUCGGGCAGCCGGCUGACCCUGCUGGGGUAUGCGCCGACGGUGGGGCUGGUGACCCUGUCGAUGGACAUGGCCUGCCCGGCCGGCACGUAUGGGGCCCAGUGCGAGCCGUGUCAUGCGGCAUGUGCCGGGUGCACCGGGCCCAUGGCGAGUGAUUGCCUUGCCUGUCGGCACUGGCUGCCCGGGCUGCCGGCUGAUUGUGUGGCCAGCUGCCCCGGCGGCACCUUCCCCGGGCCCGAUGGCCGGUGCGAGUGCCACGACACGUGCCUCGUGUGCCGGGCCGAGCCCGGCCCGGGCGGCCAGUACGUGUGCGAUCAGUGUGUCGGUGGCCAUGGCAAGGGCCUGGCCGGCGACCAGCCGGACCGGUGCCUGCCAUGUGCGGACCCCUGCAGCGAGUGCGUGCGGUCCGGCGACCCGGCCGCCUGUACGGCCUGUGUCCCGGGCAGCUGGCUUCAUGCUGGGGCAUGUGUGAGCUCGUGUCCGGAGGGCAUGUGGCCGGAUUCCAGCACUUGGACUUGUGCCCCGUGCCCGGACGGUUGCGUGUCCUGCACUUCGGCGGAUGCCUGUGUGGCCUGUGCCCGGGGGUACUUCCCCGGGGGCGAUGGGUCGUGCCGGGCGUGCGACGGGUCGUGCGACGGGUGUCAAGAUGCCGGCAGCUGCUCGGCAUGCCGGCCGGGGCUGAUCUUCCUCGGGGUCGACCAGCAGCCGGGGUCCCUGUGUGGGAGUGCCUGCCUGCCGGGGCAGUAUGCCGGUGAUGUCCGGUGCGCCGAGUGCGAUGCCAGCUGCGAGCUGUGCACCGGCGAGCCCGGCCGGUGCCAGGUGUGUGCCGAUGGCUUUGGCUGGGCCGCCGGGCAGGCGUCCGCCGGCGUGGGCGCCUGCGUUCCCUGUGAUCUGGGCUGUCUCUCCUGCACGAUGGACAGGUGCCUGGCCUGCGAGCCGGGGCUGCUCCUGGCGCGCGAUGGGGCCUGCGUGGCCGACUGCCCGCCGGGGGCCUGGCCCAAUGGCGAGUCGUGCCAGCCGUGCGACGUCAGCUGUGCCACCUGCGCCGGCGGCCAGGCCGACCAGUGCACGGGCUGUGCCGCCGGGCUGGACCUGGUGGAGGCCGGCCCCGGCGUGGGCGCCUGUGUGUCCGGCUGCGCCGAGGGCCAGUACAGGGAUGCCGUCGGCGGGGCCUGCCAGCCCUGCGACCUGGCCUGCGCCACGUGCAACGGCCCGAGCGACAAGCACUGCUGGCGCUGUGCCAGCGGCGUGCUGCAGGACGAGGACUGCGUGCAGCACUGCGCCCCGGGGCAUGUGGCCCUGGCCGGGCGGUGCCUGCCGUGCCAUGUGUCCUGCGACCAGUGCGCCGGGACCCGUUCGACUGAGUGCCUGCCGGACUGCGGGGCGGGCCUGCUGGCCCUGCCGGCCGGCGGGUCGCCGGUGCGCUGCGUGCCGGCCUGCCCGGUGGGGUACCACGCCUCGCCGGCCGGGUGCUCGCCCUGUGCCGAGCAUUGCGCCAGCUGCGCGGGGGCGCCGGACACGUGCGAGCUGUGCCAGCGCGGGUGGCUGCUGGCCGGCCCGCAGUGCGUGGCCUCCUGCCCGAGCACCACCACGCCCCUGGGCAACCUGUGCUCCCUGUGCCAUGGGUCGUGUGGGACCUGCUCUGGCCCGGGGGCUGACCAUUGCCUGAGCUGCGGCCCCGCAGCGCCGCUGCUGCUGGGCAAUGGCUGCCAUGCCAGCUGCCCGGGCGGGCUGUUCGAGAGCCAGGGCGCAUGCCUUCCCUGCCACUCGACGUGCGCCGCCUGCCGCGGGGCCGGGCUGGAUGAGUGCACCGGCUGCCCGGCGGGCCGGGUGCUGCUGGGCGGCGAGUGCCUGCUCGGCUGCCCGGGGGGCUUCUUCUUGGUGGACGGCGUGUGCAUGCCGUGCGCCGCAUCGUGCGCCACAUGCGAGCAUGGGGGUGCCUGCACCGGUUGCCGGGGGGGUGGGUUGGUCCUGCCGGGUGGGCUGUGUGGUGCUGGCUGCCCGGCGGGGUGGGCGGGCUGCGCGGCCUCCGGCCGGUGCGUCGGCUGCCCGGCCGCCUGCACGGAAUGCCACGUCCUCGGGGCGGCCUGCGCGGCGACCUGCAGCGCCUGCCAGCCGGGCCACUUCCUGGACUUCGGCGGGUGCCAUGCCGCCUGCCCGGAGGGGACCUUCGCCGAGCCGGGCGGCAGCGCCUGCCAGCCCUGCGACGGGUCGUGCCGGACUUGCCACGGGUCGGGGACCUUCUGCACCGGGUGCACUGGUGGCCUCCUGCGGCCGGAUGAGGGUGCCUGUGGAACGGCUUGCGUCGGGGCGUCGGCCCCGGUGGGCGGCGUGUGCCUCGGCUGCCCGGCCGGGUGCGACGCGUGCACCCCGGGCCCGGGCCAGCCCGGCUGCAAGCCCACCGCCUCCGGGGCCCUUGACUGCCCGGACAUCGGCACCUGCGACCGGUGUGCCGCCGGCCGGUUCCUGCUCGAUGGGGCGGCCUGUGUGGAAGGUUGCCCUCUUGGCUACUUCGCCGAUGCGGAUGGCCAGCCGGCCGCGUGCGCCCCUUGCCAUGCGAGCUGCACCGAUUCCUGCACCGGCCCCGAGGAGGGUGACUGUGUUUCCUCCUCCAGGCCCAAGUCCUCGCGCGUGGGCCUGGCCGUGGGCCUGGGCGUGGGCCUGCUGCUGCUGCUGAUCCUGCUGGUGCUGCUGGUGCUGUUCCUGGUGCGCCGGCGCCGCGGGCAGGCCGUCGGCAAGGCGCCGGCCGACGACGAGGACGCCACCAUGCUGAACACCAUCGUGGAGCUGGCCCUGCCCGGGGCCAUCCUGGUGGACGUGGCGGUGGACUUCCGGCCGCUGGACGAGCCGCUGGGGGCCGGGACGCAGGCGUGGGUGUACGCCGCGCAGGCGGUCGGGGCCGGGAUCGUGGCCCGGCUGGGCUGCCCGGAGGUGGUGGCCGUGAAGAAGAUGAAGGCCGAGGCCAUGCAGCCGGUGCACCAUGCCCUCUUCCAGAACGAGGUGGCGCUGAUGUGGCUGCUGCGCGAGCACGGCCACAUCGUCCGGCUGUUCGGGUACAGCGACCAGCCGCCGGCCAUUGUGAUGGAGCGCUUCGACAGCGACCUGGCCACGCUGCUGCACUCGGAGGUGGAGCUGUCGGCGGCCCAGCUGUGGGACAUCUGCCAGCAGUGGUCCGCCGGGCUGGAGGCCAUGCACGCGCACGGGGUGGCCCACUGCGACCUGAAGCCGGGCAAUGUGUUUGUCAGCCAGGCGGGCUCCUCCUGGCGGGCGGCCCUCGGGGACCUGGGCACGUCCAGGAACCUGAGCGCCAGCCGGCUGUCGGCCCUGGUGAACAGCAUGCCCGAGCUGAAUGCCAUGUCGGUGCGGUAUGCGGCGCCGGAGCUGGUGGACGUCUUCCAGCGGGCGGUCCCCCUGGACCCGGGGCUCUUCUUCCCGGUGGACAUGUAUGCGGCGGGGGUCAUGCUGGGCGAGUGCCUGGCGCGGGCUGUCCCCUGGGCUGGCAUGGGCAUGCAGGACAUCGUGCGUGCCGUGUGUGGCGGUGCCCGGCCGAGCGUCGAGUCCCUGGGCCAGGAGGCCCGGGACCUGGUGCAGGCCGCCUGGCAGGAGGACCCCGGCCGGCGGCCGCCGGCAGCCACCUUCCGCCAGCGCUGCGCCGGGCAGUAUGUCGCCGUGGGCGGUCUGCCCUGAGAGGGGGGCGUGGCGAUCCUUGGCCAAAAUAGACACAACGAUGUGCAUGGUA